UUCGGUAUUUGUUUAUACGAGUUAUCUCUCUUCGUACGUUUACAAAAUAUUUGUUUGGAAAUGGCGGCGACCACUAACGAAAAGGCAACGGCAAUUGUUGAAGAUGAAUCAUUGGUGGAAGAGCAAUUAUGGGACGAGCUAGAAAAAGAAGAAAUGCCUGCAGAAAUCCGUGAAGCACGACUACAACUAUUGCAAAAACAAGCCAGACAGUUUGGAAUGCUGAAGGACAAGGCUCAUGGCUCAUACACUGAACUGCAAGAUGAAAAGGCAUUCCUUGAUCUGACCACAAGUACAGAGAAAAGUGUUGUUCACUUUUUCCAUGCAGACUUCAGACGGUGUGCAAUUGUCGAUACUCAUUUAGAGAAACUUGCAAGACAAUAUUUUGAAACCAAAUUUGCAAAGAUAAAUGUUGAAACAGCAAAGUUUUUAGUGGGGAAAUUAAAGGUGCAGAUGUUACCAGCAAUAUUCUGCUUCAAGAAUGGGAUCGUUUGUGACAGGGUGGUUGGCUUUGAGGAGCUUGGCAACACUGACGGUUUCGGAACAGAGGUGUUGGAGAAAAGACUUGGUAAAGCAGGAGUGAUUGAUUAUGUUCCAGAAGAUGAUGACCCAUCAAGAAAGACCAUAUUUGGGGCACGGGUUGUCCAGAAAACCAACAGUGAUAGCAGUGAUGAUGACGAUGGUUAUUAAUAAAUUAUGUGUACACUAUCUGUAAUUAUUUACAAUAUUUAUAUAAAACUAUUUACACACA